GCUAGAGAAACAUUGGAGAAAUGUGCCAAAUAACCACGUAUAUCCUUGAGGAGGACAAAAGGUACGUGUUGAUCGAUGGUAGUGACCAAACGAGAACAAACAUAUAUAGCUAUAAAUAUAAUAUCCAGUGGUAAUUAUUAUAAAAAGAUGCCAAAAGACCUACAAUAUUUGUCGAAGAGACGAAAAAAUCAGCUGAUUUGUCAAAAAAUUGAAUCCUACAGAAAUACGGAUAUCUCUAAUACAAAUAGUGGUUCUUCUUCAGAUCUUGCAUUAGACAAUGUAGUCUGUGUGGAAAUAAACACUCCAACUCAUGACAUCUAUUAAUGUUACUAACAACGAAUCAACCGUUGGUGACAAUUUUGGACGUCUCUGCCCUUCGAAUUCAGAGUUUUCAUCUGUCACUUCACGUACUUCACCUGUAGUUGAGAAUUAUGAAGAAGAUGCGGUGCAGAUUGAAAUAGAGCAACAUACUUCCUUUUCAGGUUCAAAUUUCUCAGAGAUUGAUAUAAUAGAAAACCAAAAUUUGGAUUUUGAUGAAAACAAAAGUGAGAAUAAUUUACAAAGUGAAUUACGAUCUUGGGUAAAUACAGAGAGAAUUUCUCACAGGUCUGUUAAAAAAUUAUUAACAAUAUUGCGUAAUAAUGGACAUAAAACUUUGCCUCAAGACGUCCGAACUUUAAUGCACACACCCCGAAUUAGUGAAAUUACGACAACGGUGGGAAACGGUUCUUAUGUACAUUUUAGACUUGUCGUCGGUCUUCAGCGGUCAAUAGAAAAAUAUUUCGUACAAGUUCCAGAUUCUGUGAAAUUGUUAAUUAACUGUGACGGAAUGUCUUUGUCGAAAAGUUCCGGAAGCCAAUUUUGGCCUAUUUUGGUGUCCAUCCAAGCGGAUGUUUAUAUAAGACCAUUCGCUGUAGGAAUUUAUCACGGGUACUCAAAACCAACAAAUGCAAAUAAAUUUUUACGACCUUUUGUUAAUGAAAUGACAGAAAUUCAACAAAAUGGUUUUUUUUAUAGUGGAAAGAAAUGUUUAGUUGAAAUUGCAGGCAUUGUCUGUGAUGCUCCAGCAAUGGCUUUUGUGAUGUCUACAAAAAGCCAUUCUGGUUAUUUUUGCUGUCAUAAAUGUACUCAGGAAGGAGAAUACAUUAACUCCGUAGUUUUUCCAGAAACAAAUUUUACAAUGAGAACCGACGAAUCAUUUCGUAAUAAACAACAAGAAGAACACCAUACAGUUUCACGAAACAGAAACGUGAUUUCCACAAAAUGUCUAUGUUGUUAAGAAGCGUUUUUUCGACGAAAUAUAUUAUUUUCUCAUGUACUCGCCGCCUAAAGAGAGCGUCGAAGAAAAGCGUCACUAAAUGAAGCGAAAAAGUGUAAACGUAGACGUGAGUCUCAGGCCGUAUUUAAAUCUCCCGCGUUUGCCUACGUCAGAGUGCGCAUUUUGCGCCUUAUAUAGUGACCCCGCGAGCGCUUAUUGGUCAAUUACCCCACAUGACUCGCUCGUGGCGGGUUCGUGCCGGCAGCAGCGGAUGCCUCACCGGUCUUUGUCAUCCGAAGUAUCUAGAAUCUGGAAGUAUCUGAACGUGUAUGUACGUGAUUUUCGCGGUUACACCGUCGCAUGCCUAUACCUCAGUGCAAUAAUUGCAGUCUAGUAUAAAGUAGAAUGGCUUAUGCAGUUGUGUGUUUUUCCGACAAUACCGUGUCGGAAGUGCCGACAAAUUGGAUACAUGAAGAUGACAAUGAAGUUAUGUGCUGGUGGCCACCAACCUCUGUAAAAAACGUAUCAACGUUAAUAUCGAAACGUGCGGACCCUGACAGAAAGUCGUGGAGCUUAAUCUCUGUGAAAAUACAAAAAUACUUUGCGUCAGUAGAAAAAGCGAGAAAAGCUGCAGAAGAUGAUAAUUAUACAUCAACGGAUGAUCAAUGCAUGGGUAAAGGGCAACGUAAAAAGAAAUCUAUUAUUCACGACAAUCAUUCAGAUACAGAUGAAAAUAAAGAAAAGAACAAUGAUAAGAAUAAUCGUAGAUCCAGUUCUAAGAAUAGGUUGAAAGUUUAUGGUAGAAAACAAGUAAAUGUACCUAUUAACAAAGAACAAUCUGAAGGUGAUCUUUCGGGGAACGAACAAAACAUUGAUAAAGCUCUUCCUGUAUGGCCUACAGAUCUAGAAAUACAGAGUUCCCAAAAUAAUGCUAAUAUUGGCGUUAAAUCUGUAACAAAUAAUAAUCAAAACGAUGUGAUGCAGACAACUGGACGUGAAUUAGUUAAAGAACAUUCUGAAAUGUCAGCAUCUAAAAGUGAAAGUAGUGGUUCUGAAAGGACGUGGAAUACGAAUAAGAGCACAGAAAAUAAUACUGUAUUAAAUGUUCUGGAGAGAAUUGACGAAAAUGUCGAAAAUUUAAUGCGGGCUAUAGCAGAUAUGCACCUGGAAUUAAAUGAUGUUUCAACACAACUGACUAACAAAUAUAUUCGCAACGGUCAAAAUAAAUCUAAUACAGAAAGAAUUAAGACGUUUUUACCAUUAAAAUGUGUUGAUGAUAUUAAAAAAAUCGAAGUUGAGUUGAAAAAUGAUAAAACUUUAUAUAAUGAAUAUGAAGCUUUUUUACAAAAAAUCGGAGGCCAUUCACCGAGAGAACAUGUUAGAAAUAUUUUGGCAAAAGUCUUUUCUAAUGAAUGUGCAAUGAAAUGUUCCUGGAAAGGACGCAGACAAAACUUUGCUGUAUCAAAAUUAUUGGUGAUUACAGUAAUGAAAGACAUCAUUUUGGGACAUCACGUUGUAACAGAGAAAGACCUGGAUACAAUAUCUGCGGAGUGGUUCCGAUUUGCAAAGCAACGGAAAAAUCGAGAGGAAAAGGAGAAUUAAAAUUAAAAGCAGAACAAACAGCCUGCUAUGUGGUAUUCUCAUUCUUGUCCAUUACUUUUAAGUUUACUACACAUUUUUAAAUGCAUUACAUAUUUUAUUUGUGUUGAAUUCCAAAGAUUAAAAAAAUUUUUAUUUGCAA